CUCGUCAUAUAGUCACGCAGAACAUGGCUGCCGCGAGUGAGGCAAAAACAAAACAUCGAUGAUUUUGGGGCUAAUUCUCAUCUAAUUUGGACUAAAAACCUCAACAUGUCGGAGUCUUUAGAAACUACAACUAUGGAGGAGCGACAGGAGCGACUGCGGGAGCUGACGGAGUUCACAGAGAACUGUAAAGAGAAACUGAAGCAUAUAUUAGAGAGGCUGGGAUGGUCGCUGGACUACAAACAGGAGCUAAUGGAGCAGUGCCCGUACGACUCCCACCACAGAGUCCCAGCGAGGAGCCUGGAGAAACACAAAGCCUCCUGCAGCCUCCGGAAGAUGGGCUACUCCGCCGAGGAAGAGGCGGAGAUGUUGGACCCUUCUGUGUGUUAUGAGAACUCUACGGUCAGAAGCUUCAUGAUGGACAAAUCGUCCCAGCAGCAGGUGAUCCUGCAGGCCAGGUCUGCUGCUCCGCUCAUGAGGAUGGAAGGAGUCUUCUGGCAAGGUCAGUACUCCGGGCAGCCUGUGGACGUUCCUCAGAAUCACAAGCGUGCGGUGUGCGACCUCACGGUGGCCGACAGACUGGCUCUGUACGAUCACGUGGUCCUCAGCCAGCGGAAGGAAGAAGCCUCGAACAACGAGGACCUCUACGUAGACCUGGUGUCCAAACUCCAGAAGGAUGACGAUCAGAAUGAACCAAAGACUCACCUGGAGCUGAUGGCAGAGAUGAGAGACUACAAGAGGCGGCGUCAGUCUUACCGAGCCAAGAACGUCCACAUCACCAAGAAGUCCUACACCGAGGUGAUCAGAGAGGUGAUCAGCGUCCACUCACAGGAGCUCACCAGACAGUGGAGAGAAGAGGAAGGCGAGUCGGCCAGAUCUGAACCCGCCUCCCACAGGCGGCGGCCGGAUGAAAAACGUUCGGCUUCAUCGGAGUCUCGGCUCAGCAGACGCCAUCGCAGCCGAGAGCGAAGCCACGACAGAGAGAGCAAGAAGAAGAGGAAGAAGAGGGAGAGGGAUUCCCGCUCCCCCGACGGCCACCACCACGACCGAAAGAAGAAGAAAAAGAAGAAGAAAGACGAGAAGGAGAAGUGAUAGUGCAGGGUCAGGGGUCAAAGGCCAACGUAGCGUACAGGUCAAACAGUGUUGCGUUUAAAGUGGCCCUAUUCUGCAUUUCCAGGUUCAUAUCAGUAUGUAGUGUCUCUCCUGGGACAUGUCUCCAAGCUUUAAUGUUCAAAAAGCUCUUUAUUUUAUCUCUUCUAAUUCACCCUCUGUCUGAAACCAGAGCCCAGUCUGCUCUGAUUGGUUAGCUGGCCGGCUCUGUACUUCAGAAGUAAACAAAAGAGACCAAUUGAGUGUUGCAGAAACAAGUCCUAACACCCUAAAUUCACUUUUUACUACUUCCUGUUCUCUCGUCUCGAAUCGUUGUUUCUUUGAACGUGUUUUUGUUCAGAUGCCUGAAAAUAAGGUCUGUGGGUAACACACCGGAAGAGGUUUCCACACGUUGUUCUACGACAUUAAAUACCCCACUCAUGGAAGUCAGCAGCUUCUAUGUGUCAUCAAAUAACAGUGGUUCCUACCAAGGGACUACAAGUCACUAGAAAACUUAAUUUUGUCGACAUGAGUCCGCCUUUAGUUUGUUUAUAGCCUGACGUUAGCUUUUUACUUCUGGCCGUUGCAUCUACGCUUCUGAAAGCACAAAGUACCGCUCGUGUGAGGACGUUAUCCUGCUGAGUAUAUACGCUGUGAAGUAUCAUGAAUGUGUGUUAACCGCAGAGCUUAUGUUCUGCUAUACUCUGAAAUCCAAUGUGGAAAUCCCAUUUGAUUUUGGUCGAGGAACCCCUUUGUGAUGCUAACUUUAGGGUCAGCAUACAAAAACAAGUCAUCGGGGGUGGGGGGGACGACACACAGAGAUUUACAUGUAGACAAAUGUAUAUACCACACUACAGGGAAGAGAAAAAAAUUGAGAAAAUGCGGCCCCUUUAACUUUUGAAAUUCAACAAGAGGAUUUUGGAAGGAAAUUCAUGGGAAUAAAGUUUUCGGGACAUCAACGUUUGAGCUUUUUAUUCACUAACAAACAGGAUCCAUCUUGUUUUAACACUAUACUAAUGCUCCUCAAUUCCAGAGUUAUUACAUGAACACCAACAGGCCCCGCCCUCCUCUCUUUUGAUUGGAUAAGAGUGGCUUCCACUGCAGACGAGAGGAAUUUAGGACUUGGGUGUCAUAGCUGACACACGUCCAACCCGGGGUCAGAGGUCACGCUUCCUUUGUGCUUUUAUUGUGCUUCGAGCGUUAACUCAAGGUUUCACUGAGGAGAGUCUUUGAAUCAGAAAUGUGGGUUUCAGACGUUUUGAAUAUUAUACUUAUGUGAAUGUUUUAAUAAUACAUGUUUGAUUCCUUUAUGGUAUGCUGAAGUUCCUCACUAUUCUUUUCUGUACACAGUUUGUAAACGUAUGUAAAUGUGAGUUUUGUUUUUCAGUUUUCACAUGCAGUCCUCUCAGUUCAAAUUAAGUCGGUACAUUUUUAUAAUUGAUUUUUUGGGAGAAAUAACCUCAGAAAACAAAAACAAAGACUCCAAAACUCAAAGAUAUUUUGUUAACAGGUUUGUUAUGAACAGUAAAAACUUCAAAUGCUCUCAUUUUAGGAGUUUGAACCAUCAAAUGUUUUUCAUUUAAGCUUCAAAAAUCACUUUUAAGUUAUUAAAAAAAGCUCCUAUUUAAA